GUACAAGCCGAUCGAGUCUCCAGACUCCUCCUGCAAAAGGCAUAGCAUCAAGAGGCUGUGUAAAAUUUGCUGUGUCCCUGCAAAAGGUCAUGUCAUCUCCCAUGGCCACCAUAACGGCUAGUGCCAGUCCAGCCAUGCAACAAACCAGCAACAAGGCUACGACGAGUGCCACUGUCGCCUCGCCGGCGCCAGUGCGCUACCGGCCGUCGCUCUUGGUCAUAUUAAGUGCCUGCCUCGUCCUCAUGGGCGCAGGCGGCCCGCUCCUUCUCCGCGUCUACUUCGUCCACGGCGGGGAGCGCCUGUUCCUGUCCGCCAUGCUGCAGAUCUCCGGGUGGCCCCUCCUCCUCCCGCCCAUCUGCGUCUCCCUCUACCGGAGCCGCAGCCGCAGCCGCAGCCACGGCGUGGCGAGCCUCCUCCUCCCGCCGCGCCUCGCUGGCGCCGCGGCCGUCCUCGGCGCGUUCUACGCCAUCUCCUGCUUCCUCUAUGCGCUGGGCUCGCAGGCUCUGCCGCUGUCCACGUCGUCGCUGCUGCUGGCCACGCAGCUCGCCUUCACCGCGGUGUUCGCGUUCCUCUUCGUGGGCCUCCGCUUCACGCCCUUCUCGGCCAACGCCGUCGUGCUCCUCACCAUCGGCCCGGCUGUGCUAGGCGUUGGCCCCGGCUCCGGGAAGCCAGCUGGCGAAGCCUCGCGGACGUACUGGAUAGGGUUCUGCGAGGCAAUCGCCGCGGCCGCGCUUGCCGGGCUUGUGCUGCCGCUCGUCGAGAUCGCCACGGCGCGCUACGGCCGUCGCACCGGACCCGCGGCGAGAGUGCCACCACCGUACGCGACCGUGAUGCAGAUGCAAGCCGUGAUGGGAGCUGCCGGCACACUGGUUUGUCUGCUUGGCAUGGCCAUCAAGAGCGACUUCCAAGCGGUCCCAAGUGAGGCUGCCACGUUCGGCCUCGGCAAGACCAACUACUACCUGGUGCUCAUCUGGGACGCCAUCUCAUGGCAGCUGCUAAACCUGGGGAUCGUGGGGCUCAUCACCUGCGCCUCUUCGCUCCUCGCCGGCAUUAUGAUCGCCGUCCUCCUGCCGCUCUCGGAGAUCCUCGCCGUCAUCUUCCUCCACGAGAAGUUCGACGGGCCGAAGGGCAUUGCGCUCGUGCUCUCUCUUUGGGGCUUCGCCUCCUACCUCUACGGUGAGAAGGCGCAAAAGAAGACGGAGACUCAGAAGAACGAGCUGCAAAUGGUAAAGAAAACUGUUGAUCUGGAGUCGGCUACUCUUUGAGGAUCUAUGUAUUUCUUCAUUUCUGUUUUAUUGUUGUGACAGCAUGUAUCCGCAAUUCCGCAUACGCAGAGGCAUGCAAGUAUAGUUAUACAUGGCUUUCAGCUUAGAGAUUGCUUAGCAAGUACAUUCCGUACGACAUUUUUUUUGACGAGAGGAGGACCCCAUUUCUAUUAUUGUCAUAACAGAAAUACAAAGCGGUUCAGAUAGUUUCCACACUA